GCGUCCUCGGCACUGGAAACAGGAUGAAUCAAAAGCUGGUCGUCUUGACUUACUGCUCCGUCCUUUUGGUCAUCGCAAAGGGCCAAAGUUGGCUUGGCGGUACGCCGGCGCCGGAUGGCAGGUACCCGUACCAGGCAGCGCUGCGUAGGCGGUCCAAGUUUCUUUGCGGCGCUUCGGUGAUCAGCCGGCGUUGGCUGUUGACUGCUGCGCACUGCGUUCAACGUAUCGAGGUGUCGGAGGAUGCGACUGUUGCUGUAGGUACGAACCGAGUGAACGGUAGUGGUGGUGUCGUCUACAAAGUGUCGCAGCUGAUUGUGCAUCGGAACUACGACAAAGAUCACGUGCACGCGAAUGACAUCGCGCUCGUGCGCACCGCGAGUAGCAUCAAGUUCAGCAAGAAGGUGAGACCCGUCCUCUUACCCAACAACGAUUCCGAGGACCACGAAAAUGCAACGGUGAUUUUGGCCGGCUGGGGAUCCCAACGCAAGGAAAGGCGACCGUCGGACUACUUGCACCACGUCAAACUCAGAGUAGUGAACCACGCGAGAUGCGCCAAAGCGUGGAGGAAAAAGAGAAACCGGGAGAUCACGGAUGCUCAGAUCUGCACUUCAGGCAAGCUCGAGGAAAACGUGGCCACUCGGGGUGACUCGGGAAGUGCGCUGGUAGCGGAUGGCGUGCAAAUCGGCGUUGGAUCGUUCGCUUUCACGGAGCUGCCGGACGUUUUCACCAGAGUUGACAAGUACUUGCCUUGGAUACGUCGGCACGUCUGGUGGACUUGA